AUGUCGAAUACAACGACAGUCGCAGGACAGGGCCUAUGCCCAGCCCCAUUCUUACAAGCUGAUCUUUUUUCCACGACGGGUGGCUUUGUUGAAGGAAGAUUUUGUUCUGCUAUCUUGGGACCAACAUGUUGCCUACCAUGUCCACAGACCGAAUGGUUAUACCCAGACAACUUCAAAACAAUAACAGACUCGGCCAGUUGGGUCAAUGUGGCUAGCAUGGCGUGUUCGGUAUUCUUGGUUGUAUCUUUUGCUGUCCUCCCAAUCGAAAAGACACACCGGCAUUACCUUAGUGUCUGCUUGGCUAUUGGAGUGACGUUGAUGCAGCUCGGAUUUAUUAUUCCCCUGGGCGCGAAACCAAACCCGUGUUAUAAUUCCAUCACACCAAAUGACCAGGACACCAACAAAACUUGCGCGUUUAGUGGUGCCUUUCUAAUUGCAGGAGGAUGGUGUGGUGUCAUGUGGGUGUUUCUAAGAGCUCUAGCAUUGCAUCUUCAGAUCUGUUGGCAAGUUGUCAUCGGCAAGAAUUUCAUGUGGGGAGCAUUGGCCGCUGGCUGGGGCAUACCUGCCAUUGGAUUGACUGUUGCCAUGGUGUUCAGUGGGGUCUCUUUUCGAUUCGGAGACACCUGUCACAUCAACCACAAGAACAGUCUCGCGGAUUUAUGGAUCCCGUUGUUGAUCUUUGCUGGUGUCACGGUCAUCAUCCAAUUUGGUACUUUUGGAUACUGCAUCAAGGUCUACCUGGCUUCUCUUACGGACGAUUCGACCACAACCAACAGUUCAGGAGUUCGAUCAUACAACAACAGUCUUCGAGGUACAAUCUCACCUCGACAAGCUUAUCGAAGGAUUCGUCGCGUCAUCGAACUUCAAUGGAGAGGGAUUGUCAUUGUGUUACUCAUUAUUGCGGAUGUCAUCUUCUUUGCUGUCGUCUUUGUGUUCAUGGACGAUCUCGAAACGAAUAUUCUCAAAAAUCCUACAAAGUCUGAAGAUUGGUUGGCAUGUCUGGUUAAGACAGGAGGAGACAAGAACGCCUGCCUCAGCUUUGCUAAUUCCCUUGUUGUCAAUGAAGCUACCGUCAUGUCGGUGCUCAUUCUACUAUCCUUGAACGGCGUGUGGUGCCUUCUUCUCCUCGGUCGGUUUUCCAUGUUCACAGGCUGGUACGAAAUGGUCAUGGGCAAAUUCCGACCCAACAACGAAUUCGUCAGUGCCGACGUCCGAGCCUUCAAAGAUCCCAGGGACUACGAAAUGCUCAGCCGCGAUCGCGAAACGGGCAAGACCCCUGAACCAUUAGUAUCUCAACCUAUUACACCAUUAUCACCUUCGGUUGCAAAAAGCGGCCGAGAAACCCCAGAUUACUUCUCAAGAGAAGCACGAUAUCAACCACCAGCACGAUCAUUUUCGAAUCCAAAACCACCUCAGGGUCACGGUUGGGACCCGACAGCUACGCAAGCGAGGCCGUACAUGUAUCCGGGAAUGGAUCCUCUUUCUAUGAAUAAGAUAUGA